GCCCUGUGGAGAGGUGUGUUGUAUACACAAGGGAAACACGCAUAUGCACCAUGGUUUGUGGGUGAUACAUGUGCAAGUGCCUCAAGUUUCUCCUACAAGAUGUGUUCCACAAAUCCAGCAAAUUGGGUCACCUUCGAUGAUGAGCCACUCUUCCAGUCACCUCAGAAAUCAGCUGAUAAUCAGAGUAGCUGUAAAGCAAAUGGCCUUAAACUCAAUCUGUCUAGUGUGCAUGAGUCUUCAAGUAGGUCAUCUUCUACAGGCAGCACUCCACUCUCGUCUCCUGUAGUUGACUUCUACCUAAGUCCUGGACCCCCCAGCAACUCUCCACUUACUACACCUACCAGAGACUACCCAGGAAGUCCAUGUAUCCCAAAGCCUGGGAUUCACAUUCUGUAUCCCAUCCCUGAAUGGCCAUCAAACGUUAACCUUCCAUCACCUGGGAUUUGCUCAUCCAUAACCUCACAGAAACCAAGCAGCCUUCAUUUGAACACUUUGCCUAAUGACCAUCCAAUUAAGACUUCAGUCUCCAAAUCAACAGACGACGGAAGCCCGAAUCUGCCAGGAAGCUGCGAGGAGUUAGGAGAGUUGUCAUCAGCACCAGGGUGCUUCCCAUACUUCCAGAAUGACUGUGCUUUUUCCAGUCCUUUUUGGAAAGAAGGAUGCUCGCUCAGCCCAUCACCAGCUAAUGUUAGCACACACAGGAAGGACAAAGCACUCGACAGGAGUGUCUGUUAUCCUAAAGACAAAGAAACUUGCCACGAUCAGAAAAGCCUUAACCAGGGCUCCUUCAGCUACAUCUGUGAGAGGCUUGAACACCUGCAAGCUGAUAGCUGCGAUGCCGCAGGAAGCCCACCCAGCUCCAGCACUCAGGCAUGGCACAAGCUCUCCCCUGCUGUCCCAUGCAGCCUCUUCAGGAGCCGGAAAGCAGAUGGAUGGCCGUUCAUGCUGAGGAUUCCCGAAAAGAAGAACAUGAUGUCAUCUCGGCAAUGGGGCCCUAUUUACCUUAGCGUCCUAGCUGGAGGUGUAUUGCAGAUGUAUUAUGAAAAGGGCCUGGAGAAACCUUUCAAGGAAUUCCAGCUACAGCCACACUGUAAGCUGUCUGAACCCAAAUUAGAGAGUUAUAAUGUCUCAGGAAAAAUCCAUACUGUGAAGAUUGAGUGCGUGUCUUACACAGAGAAGAGGAGGUAUCAUCCCAAAGUAGAAGUGACCCAUGAGCCAGAGGCUGAGCAAAUGUUAAAGCUGGGCACCACAGAUUAUAACGACUUCACUGAUUUCCUCGUAACAGUCGAGGAAGAGCUCAUGAAACUUCCUACUGUUUCUAGACAAAAGAGAAAUUAUGAAGAGCAAGAAAUGACUCUGGAAAUAGUGGAUAACUUUUGGGGGAAAGUCACCAAGGCAGAAGGAAAACUAGUAGAAAGUUCCGUCAUCACACACAUUUACUGCUUGUGUUUUGUGAAUGGAAGUGCCGAUUGCUUUCUAACCCUGAACGACCUGGAGCUCCAAAAGAGGGAUGAGCGUUACUUCGAGAAGGAGGAGGAGAAGAAGAAAUGGAUUGAUAUUCUUGAUUGCCAUUUCCAUAACUGUGUCAAAGAGCAGGAAUUUGAGCAAUCGCGAAUUAUUAAGUUUACACCCCCAGAUGCCUAUAGGCUGGAACUGAUGCGUUUCAGGACACGGUAUAAUGGGCAAGACCUUCCCUUUUCUGUGAAAGCUGUGGUAGUGGUUCAGGGAGCAUACAUUGAACUUCAGGCUUUUAUAAACAUGCCUUCAACUGCUCUGAUCCCAGUGCGUUUAUCCACUGUGAAAUACUGUGAAAAUGUUAUGAUACGCUUUCCUGUUCCCACGCAGUGGGUCAAAGCACUUUGGACCAUGAACCUCCAAAGGCAGAAGUCUCUAAAAGCAAAAAUGAAUAGGAGAGCAUGCCUUGGUGCUUUACACGAGGUUGAAUCUGACCCCGUAAUACAAGUCUCGGUUGGAACAGCAAAAUACGAGAACGCCUACAGGGCUGUUGUGUGGAAGAUAGACAGGCUUCCAGAUAAAAACUCAAGUUCAGAUCAUCCACACAGCCUGUCUUACAAACUGGAACUUGGAUCAGACCAGGAAAUACCAUCUGACUGGUAUCCAUUUGCUACCGUCCAGUUUGUCGUUCAUGAUACCUGUGCCUCAGGAACAGAAGUCAAGUCUCUGGGCAUAGAGAGCGAUCUGCAGCCUCAGAAACAUGUGGUUCAGAAAGCUUUUUACAACUGCCAGCCUAAACUAUACAAGUCCAUUAUCGAAGAUGUGAUUGAAGGUGUGCGAGAGCUCUUUGCAGAAGAGGGUUUAGAGGAACAGGUUCUGAAAGACUUGAAGCAGCUUUGGGAAACCAAGGUGAUGCAGUCUAAAGCAACAGAAGGCUUCUUCAGAGACAGCCAGCAUGGUCCACAGUUUACCCUGCAGUUGCCAUACAAUUUUCACCAUGUUCUGCAGACUUCAGCAGGUCAGAUGUUGUUCAAUACAACAGAUGGUGCUUCACAAGUGGGUACAACUCUUACUCUCCCUUCGGGUGUUGGUUAUCCUGUACCGGCUGGAGUGACGCUAAAGACAACAUCUGGUCACAUCUAUAAGGUAAAUGUGCCUGUUAUGGUUACACAGGCGUCAGGAGAUGCAAGUGUUCCACAUCGUCCUGUUCAUCAGGUGUUUCAGCCCCUUGGGAAGCCUUCAGUUCUGCAAGCCAACAUUGCCAGUGUUGCACAGGUGAAUGCAUCUUCUGCCCAGGCAGCUGCUGCAACUUUGCAACCCCAGGAGACCGCUGUCCAAGAGACAAUGGUAUUUCAGCCACGUGUUGUGGAAAAAAAACACCUGGAGAACUCUGCCAAUACUACCUUGGUUCAGCAGCAACUUGCAACUACUGUAAUAUUGAAUCAGUGUGCAGACUCAACAGAAAAACCCCAGCAUGGCAAUCUUCACACAGCUGUGUUUACUCCAGAAUCCUCUGAAAAGUUUUCUCCUGCUGAAUCCUUGGCAAAAAACUCGAGCAGUGUACUGCUGGAUGUGGAGGGGCAGUUAGAUAUUGAACCUUGGGAGCUGGUGCAACAGCAUGUGUCUGAUGAUACCACUGACCUGAUUAUCAUGGGUAAAAGUUUGGAUGAUAACACUGUUCAGAAAGAUCAGGACAGCAGUGCUCCAUCUGACAAGAUGGAACCUACUGAGCAGAUGGAAUCUAAUUUACGAUCAGAGGACGAUAGUUGCCGUGACAUCGAAGGCAUAAUUCAGCUAGAUGGUACUGGUGAUGUUUCUCCCAAGGAUGAAAUACCUCAUACAAAAGAUAGGGAAGAGAAUGAAUUCAUUGGUGUUAUUGAAUCAGAGAAUCCAGAAGUUUUGGAGGAUGAGGAAGAUGAUGAUGAAGAAUGUGAAAGUAUUUCAGAGUCUAGCAGAAGUGGUGGUGAUAAUGAAGAGCCCCAAAUGGAUAUAAUUGAGGAGGACCCCUUAAAUUCUGGUGAUGACAUCAGUGAACAAGACACUCCAGACUUGUUUGACACUGACAAUGUGAUAGUUUGUCAGUAUGACAAGAUACAUCGAAGUAAGAACAAAUGGAAGUUCUACUUAAAAGAUGGAGUGAUGUCCUUUGAGGGUAAAGACCAUGUUUUUGCAAAAGCUGUUGGAGAUGCAGAGUGGUGAAACCUCACUUAAGUAUAUGUACUUUAAGACUGUGGCAUUAUUUCCUUAUGAACUUUCUGUGAAACAACUAGAAUUUCUACUGCAAACUAAAACACUGUGUUGUUAGCUACUCAGCUGUCUUUGCUGUUCUUUUCUGAUUAUUUCAUUACCUUUCCACCCAAGAAACAUCAUUUGAAUUAAUAGCUUCAAAGACUGAAAUGUUAAAUCUGUUAGUAUUCCAUGACUUUCUUGAAUUACUAAGUUAUUAUAUUGAAGUAAAUUUCAGAUCUGUUGGUUUGCUUUCCACUUUUUAAAGUAAGAGCUAAAGUAUGACUUGAAAUACUAAACUACACAGUUGUUGGUGAUAACUAUGUUUUUCUUUUCAAAGGCUGCUGAAUUUAAAAAAAGAAAAAAAGCCCCAAAACAAAACCAAAGAGCAAUAUCUGUGCAAGUCUGAAACCUAUGGCUGUUUCAGAUGUGUAGUUCUUUCUCUCCUUUCCUUCCUCCCUCCCUUUUUUGUUGUUGCUUUGUGGGUUUUUGACUUCAGCUUAAAGGCAGGCACUUUGGAUGUAAAUUAGGAAACAUGCCUGGAAGACCCUUAAGCUCUCAAUAUAUGAGAAUUAUUAUUGUUUAUUCUAUACCCUCUAUGUCUACUGAGAUGCAAUGAAUAGUGUGAUUUAACAGUAAAAUGUGAUUUAUUUUCACUGCCAAUGCAAAGUCAUUUAAGCUUGCUUCUGUAUGUAUCCACUGCAUUCUAGGACUACAGACCAGUAAGCUGUGAAUGAUACAAGUUGUGCAUAAUAAAAAAAUGUCAUGUCAUACGUCCAUUUCUAGCAGAGAGUU